AUGGCAGAUACUGAUAUCUUAACUAAUUAUUCAAUCAAGGAUUUGGCAGGUGCCGAGUUCUGUAGAUUUCGACUGAAAGAAUCUGAGAUGAGUGAAAAUUACUUGCCCGGAGCAGCUAUGCGGGCUCAGUCUCCAUGCAUCACUCAAGAGCCUUUAAAAAUGCACUGCAAGAGUUGUGCAUUGGUAACCAGCUCUGGACACCUUCUGGGAAGUAAACAAGGUGACAGAAUCGACGAGACGGAAUGCGUAAUACGAAUGAAUGAUGCACCUACUCGAGGUUAUGGAAAAGAUGUUGGAAACAAAACGAGCCUUCGAGUCAUUGCACACUCCAGUAUUCAGAGGAUUUUGCGAAAUCGUAAUGAACUCUUAAAUAUGAGCCACGGUGCUGUGUUUAUCUUCUGGGGUCCUAGCAGCUACAUGAGGAGAGAUGGUAAAGGCUUGGUGUAUAACAACCUGCAGCUGAUGAAUCAGAUACUGCCUCAGUUAAAAGUAUAUAUGAUUUCUCGCCACAAGAUGCUUCAAUUUGAUGACCUUUUUAAACGGGAAACUGGGAAAGACAGGAAGAUAUCCAACACUUGGCUUAGCACGGGCUGGUUCACAAUGACUAUCGCAUUAGAGCUCUGUGACAGGAUAAAUGUUUAUGGCAUGGUGCCACCGGAUUUCUGCAGGGAUCCUAAUCAUCUUUCAGUUCCUUAUCAUUAUUAUGAACCUUUGGGACCCGAUGAAUGCACAAUGUACAUUUCACAUGAGCGGGGACGAAAGGGCAGUCAUCAUCGUUUCAUCACAGAGAAACGAGUGUUUGAGAACUGGGCACGGACAUUCAAUAUUCACUUUUUCCAACCAGACUGGAAACCAGAACCACUCACUGUAAGUCACCCUGAGAUUAAACCGGUUGUCUGAGGGAUGAAGGCUCAAGACCGCAAUCGCAGUCACCCUCUGUGUCAGCCUUCAGGGCGUUGGACCUUCUGGCAAGGCAACCUAGAGGAGAAGGGUAACAGGACCUGCAGCUGGUAACUGCAACAACAGUUGGGAAGUUACAAUGACGGAGCAGAGUGUAUCAAGAGUGCUUUCUGUCAAGCUGUGUAUGACUCCAGUAUAUAGCCUUUUUUGGCCAUCUGACUUCCUGUAUAUGUAUGUGAUUUGUGAAAAACAACUUGAGUAUCAUUAACGGGAUGGUUAACUCAUUAUGGUUUUUUAAAGUACAAUGCCAAUGAAUUUUCAUAGUGAAAACUUACGGUAUUUAUUUAAUCAAGGUUUUUAUGCAACCUAGGCCAGUAUUUUUCUAAUUCACAGUUAUGUGGUUGUUUAUCUUUCAUAAUCUUUCAAAUCCAAAAUUAAUAUUGCUGAUAGUUUGAAAGGCCUAGCUUUUUAUUUAUACAAUUUGUUUGAAAAAUAUGAUUCUAUGUAGCAUGUAAUUAAUAUUUGAUCUGGAAAUGUUGCAUUUCUUUUUAAAAUUUUGGGCUCUGUUCCAGCCUAAAGCCUUUAACAGCAAGAACAGUCCCAUGUGCAGAUCUAGCUAACUUUACAUUUUGACAUCUCAUGU